AUGGUCAAAGUUGCUUUCGCCGGUGGCUCCGGAAACGUUGCGCAGGAGAUCAUCGAUGUUCUCGUUGCUCAGAAGAAACACGACAUUCUAAUUCUAUCUAGAAAGGAUGCCCCAGCUGGAGAGUCUACCCAGGGCAUAACGUGGUUAAAGGCAGACUACGGAGAUCCAAAGCAGUUGGAACAAGUCCUGCAGGGAGUGGACACGCUACUCUCUUUCGUUGCUACACAGGAAGAUCCAUCCAGUACUAUUCAGAAGAACCUCAUCGAUGCUGCGAUUAAAGCUGGAGUGAAACGCUUUGCACCCAGCGAGUGGUCUACAUCUGGGCUGGAGCACCUUAGCUGGUACGCGUACAAGGCAGAAAUCCGCCGAUACCUUAAAGAGGUAAAUGAGCACAAGAAAGUUCUUGAAUACUCUCUGUUCCAGCCCGGCUUAUUCGUGAACUACUUUACCUAUCCUUACAACUCGACCAAUCAUAUCCAUCAAAUGGAACUCCCAUUUGAUUUUAACAAUCGCAGAGUUAUCUCAAUAGAUGGCGGUGAUGAUAGUGCCCUCACCCUUACUACAGUGCAAGACGUCGCGAACGUUGUAGCUAAGGCCAUUGAUUACGAGGGCGAGUGGCCUGUUAUUGGCGGCAUCAGAGGCACCACUAUCUCUACAAAGAAACUCAUUGCUCUGGGCGAAAAAAUCCGCGGUGGUACACCUUUUGCCAUCGAGAAACUAAAGACUCAAGUUCUCGAAAGUGGAACAUGGACGACUUCGUGGCAACCAAAGCUUGAUCAUCCUUCUAUCCCACCUGAUCAAGUUGAUAUAUUCUCCAGAAUCAUCCUCGCCGGUGUUUUGUUGGCCAUCUCUGCUGACGCUUACAGUGUCUCGGACGAGUGGAACCAGCUGCUACCAGACUACAAGUUUACUCAGGCUGAAGACUUUUUGGCUGAGGUUUGGCGUGCCCAAUAUGAGCCCUGGGCCAAGCGGCGAAAGGUCCGCAAAGGCACUCAGAGCUGUUGGGAGUGUAAGCGGCGCAAAGUUCGCUGCAUCUUUGCCUCGGAUGCCAACACUAUAUGCGAUAACUGUAAGCGGCGUGGGACUACAUGUAUUAGCCAGGAGCUUCCUGAUCAGCCGGUGCCUUUGGUCAACAGCAAUCCGCAGGUAAUCGAGGCUAGACUUGGCCGGGUCGAAGAACUCGUCGAGCAUUUGGUCAGCAAUACUAUACAAUCUUCGACCGAGACCCUCCCUGGGAUUCGCUCUAUCUCGGCGAGGCCAGAAGACAGAGAAAAAUAUCGACUCAGUGUGGUAUCACCAACAAGAAGAAAUACAGCGAACGACCGUGACAACUGGACACCUACAUCUUUGAAGUCGAUACCUCCAGUUAUAGAAGCUUCUCAAGCCGUUGGUAGGCGAGCUUCAAGCAAGUAUGUGGGAGUAUCGCACGACCUCAUCGCGGCAUGGCCCAGCGAGAGCGAUCUCAACCUCAUCUGCACUCUUCCUGUCGGUCUUUCAACUCAAUUUCAUUGUGGAGCAUGCACACCCUAUUCCAGCUUCAUGGAAAACGAUCCACCAUCAUUACGGGAGACGCUGAAAAUGCCCCGGCCGGGUUCUCAUCCGGUGCUAAUCGCGCGUAAGCUGCUGGUUCUGGGAACAUUCCUACAGGGCAUCCCUCCAUCUUCAAUCCAGGAGCUGGGAGAACUGGGUGCCUCCUGCCGGGAUAUCAUGUCCAGGGUCGUCGAUAGGGCCACUAGGUUGGUGACUACCAACGAUGACCUUGUCUGUUCCGUCGAGGGCGUCGAAUGCAUCCUGUUGGAGGCCAUGUAUCAUAACUACGCCGGAAACCUCCAUCGGGCGUGGAUGGCAGUGCGAAGGGCUACUGCCGUUGCCCAGAUGAUGAUGCUACACCGUGGUCUCAAAUCGUCGUCCCUAAAGUUUAUUGAGCCCGAAACUCGAGCGACGUUUAGCCCAGAAACCAUAUGUCUUCGUCUCCUCGAAAUGGACCGCUAUCUCUCGCUUAUGCUGGGUCUGCCGCAGGCUUCGCUUGAAUCUAACUUUGCUAGCCCCAAGGCAUUAGAAGAAUGCCACCCUAUCGACCGUAUACAGCGCAUCCACUGUGCUGUUUCUGGACAAAUUCUGCAACGUAACGAUGCCGACGCCAAUGACUUUGACAAAACCCACGAAAUUGACCAGAUAUUGCAAAAAGCCGCUGCCGAGAUGCCACCACAGUGGUGGCUGAUUCCGGACUUUGUGUCAAAUAACCAGGACGGUUCAGCACUUAUUCGUGACACGGUUCGUCUGAUGGACCAACUCACACAUUACCACCUACUAAUACGACUACAUCUCCCCUUUAUGCUGCGCUCCUCGUCUGACAGCAAGUAUGGCCACAGCAGAAUCAUUGCCAUGAACGUCAGUCGCGAAAUCUUGUCUCGUUAUAUAGUGUUUCGUACCUCAAACCCUGCUCAUUUUUACUGCCGCGGAACCGAUUUUCUAGCCUUCAUUGCUACCACUGUCAUUUGUCUCGCGCACAUUGACUCUCACAGUCAGGACCUGCGGCGCACUUCAGGCUCAAAUCCUACUCCCAUAUUCAACUUUCUCGCCCACAGCCGCCCCAGUGACCGUGGUAUUAUGGAGCAAACCAUCGAAAUCAUCGAGUCCAUGGCCAGUUCUGGCACAGACGCCAUUGCGUCGAAACUUGGCCAUAUCAUGCAUCACUUGCUCACCAUUGAAGCCAACGCAGCAAAUGGGACGAUAUACAUGACGAGCUCAUCAAACGGCGACGAGGAAGAGUCCGAAUGCCAUAUCAAGUUAGCCGAUGGUGGCAAAACGCUUCGCGUCUACAUUCCCUACUUUGGCACGAUUAAUUUCGAAGGCGGUGCCAUUUCGAAAUCUACUUCAAUGGCUCCAAAGCAAUUGGGCCAGCCGGCAUCACCGCAAUAUUCCUCCGUGUCCAAUGAGUAUGGGGCCUUACAUAGCAGUAAUACGGAACAGGCCGCUCCUAUAGAGUUCCUAGGGUGUCGAGGACUCCUAACCAUUCGGGGGAAAAAUCCAAUGAAAGCAUGCGGCCAAAUCUAUCGUUACGCAAGUCUCAUGGACUUCUCCAACAAUCAAACAAACAACAUGCCCAAGGAAACCCCCCUCCACGAGUCGCGAUGGGCUAUUCCCUCCUCCACCACGACAGACCCUUCUGGUGACCCUUCGCCCUCCCAAGAACUCGCCCGGUUCAUGAAAAUCGUCGCACGAUUAAAAUGGAAACUCCCGUUUCUGUCCGAAGCCUACCGCCUGGCUACGACGCGCACCGCUGACGUGGCCCCGGACGACGUCGCAUACGCUGAAAUCAUGUUCAAAAUCGACUUUCACGAGUAUUAUGCUCUGCUGGAGCGUGCGAUUGUUCAUUUGCUCGCUGUCUUUGGCGUCUCGGUCGACUCGCGGUUUCGGAAAUCCCACGUUCGUCAAAAUGGCAGUCACAGGUAUCAUGCCAACGUUUUGGAAGCGCUCGAGAAGAAGACCUGUCCGUUAUACCCUGUCCUUGGCAAAGGACUGGCGCAGGAUCAGCUGCAAAUGGCUAAACAGCUACGCAAUGAGUGGAAAACAGCAGACUCGGAUGGAGACAAACAAGGACGGGAGCGGGACCCGGUAUCUCUGGAAACCUACGAUCUUGAGGUCAUGCUCAAUGCGAUCUUUGGUGGCUUGGAGGAGGGAUAUGCUCUUGCUCAAGCGAGCGUGCCGUCAAAGACCAGGCAUAUGGAGGUAGACAGCAAUAAGGUCGUCGAUACUAGCCCUUGGAAUACCGAGACCGGCUGGGACUUUAUCGUCGAUGCUAUGGACUGGGAAGCUGUUUGA